GAAAAUCGAAACUUGUCAUAUUUUAAUUUUGGAGCAAAAUAUUUUUUUUUAUUUUUAUAUUUUUAUUCUGUGCAAGUGUUUAGCUUUCAGUGUUUAAAAAUGGCUGUACCGUCUGCUUCGUUGUCAACGCGAAAUAAAAAACAUUUUCUCGGUGUACCAGCACCAUUAGGAUAUGUCGCUGGUGUUGGAAGAGGAGCUACUGGAUUUACUACACGAUCGGAUAUUGGACCUGCUCGUGAUGCCAAUGAUGUUUCAGAUGAUCGACACGCUCCUCCAACAAAACGAGCUAAAAAGAAAGAAGAAGAGGAAGAGGAUGAAGAGGAUCUCAAUGAUUCAAAUUAUGACGAGUUUUCUGGAUAUGGUGGAUCACUUUUCAGUAAAGAUCCAUAUGACAAAGAUGAUGAAGAAGCUGAUGCUAUAUAUGAAGCUAUCGACAAGCGGAUGGACGAGAAACGUAAAGAAUAUCGUGAAAAACGACUGAGAGAAGAGUUGGAACGUUACCGUCAAGAGCGUCCUAAAAUCCAGCAGCAGUUUUCAGAUUUAAAACGAGAAUUGAUAAAUGUCUCUGAGGAUGAAUGGAAAAAUGUACCAGAAGUUGGAGAUGCAAGAAAUAGGAAACAGAGAAAUCCAAGAGCUGAAAAGUUCACACCGUUGCCAGAUUCGGUAUUGGCGCGAAAUUUAGGUGGUGAGUCUGCGACUAGUAUUGAUCCAUCAAGUGGUUUGGCUUCGAUGAUGCCGGGUGUGGCGACGCCAGGAAUGUUAACACCUACCGGAGAUCUAGAUCUUCGGAAAAUUGGUCAAGCGAGAAAUACACUGAUGAAUGUUAAAUUGAAUCAAGUGUCAGAUUCAGUAGAAGGACAAACAGUGGUAGAUCCAAAGGGAUAUUUGACUGAUUUACAGAGCAUGAUUCCUAGUUACGGUGGAGACAUAAAUGAUAUCAAGAAAGCUAGACUUCUUCUUAAAUCUAUUCGUGAAACAAAUCCUAAUCAUCCACCCGCUUGGAUCGCGUCAGCUCGUCUCGAAGAAGUUACAGGUAAAGUUCAAGCAGCUCGUAAUUUAAUAAUGAAAGGCUGUGAAAUAAAUCCGACAUCCGAAGACUUGUGGCUGGAAGCAGCUCGUCUUCAACCACCAGACACAGCAAAGGCUGUAAUAGCGCAGUCGGUUAGACACAUUCCCACGUCUGUAAGGAUUUGGAUCAAAGCUGCGGAUCUUGAAACAGAAACCAAGGCCAAGAGGAAAGUUUACAGAAAAGCUUUAGAAAAUAUACCUAAUUCUGUGAGACUUUGGAAAGCUGCGGUGGAACUUGAAGAACCUGAAGAUGCACGUAUUUUACUGAGUCGAGCUGUCGAAUGUUGUCCGACUAGCGUAGAUCUUUGGCUGGCUCUGGCACGUCUUGAAACUUACGAAAAUGCCCGUAAAGUACUAAACAAAGCCAGAGAAAAUAUUCCAACUGAUAGACAGAUUUGGACGACAGCCGCUAAAUUAGAAGAAGCCAAUGGUCACAUUCAAAUGGUUGACAAAAUUAUUCAACGUGCUAUCGAGUCACUGAGAGCUAAUGGCGUGGAAAUAAAUCGCGAUCACUGGUUCAAAGAAGCUAUAGAAGCCGAAAAAUCUGGAGCAAUACACUGCUGUCAGGUUAUUAUUCAGUAUGUAAUUGAUUGCAACGUUGAAGAGGAAGACAGAAAGCAUACCUGGAUGGAGGAUGCUGAGAUGUGUGCUCAACAGGGUGCAUUGGCGUGUGCAAGAGCUGUUUAUUCUCACGCAAUUAGUCACUUCAAGUCUAAAAAAUCUAUUUGGCUGAGAGCUGCUCACUUUGAAAGAAAUUACGGUACAAGAGAGACACUGGAAGAUUUACUCCAACGAGCGGUUAAACAUUGCCCGCAAAAUGAAAUGCUGUGGUUGAUGGGUGCUAAGUCAAAAUGGAUGGCUAACGAUGUGGCAUCCGCAAGAGAGAUUCUGUCUUUAGCUUUCCAGGCCAAUCCUAAUUCCGAGCAAAUUUGGUUGGCUGCUGUUAAGCUUGAAUCAGAAAACGCCGAAUACGAGAGAGCGCGACAUAUUCUUGGAAAAGCUCGUGCUCAAUGUUCUACGCGUAAGGUUGUUAUGAAGAGCGCCAAGUUAGAAUGGUGUCUUAACAAUUUGGAUAAAGCGCUUCAGCUUUUAAACGAAGGUCUAAAAGAAUUUGAUGAUUUCCCCAAAUUAUGGUUGAUGAAAGGACAGAUUGAAGAGCAGCUUGGUCAGUUGGACAAAGCUCUGGAAACUUACAAUCUUGCUAUUAAGAAAUGUCCUCAGUCAGUUCCACUUUGGAGACUGUUGGCUGACUUGGAGCGUCGCAAGAAUCAUAUCACCAAGGCGAGAUCUGUUUUGGAGAAGGCACGUUUGAAAAAUCCAAAGAAUCCUGAGUUAUGGUUAGAGGCUGUUAGAAAUGAAAUGAAGUCCGGUGGUAUCAGAGAUAUGGCUUACACUUUGAUGGCUAAAGCUUUACAAGAAUGUCCUAAUUCUGGAUUAUUAUGGGCAGAAGCAGUCUUUAUGGAACCAAGACCUCAAAGGAAGACCAAGAGUGUGGAUGCUUUGAAGAAAUGUGAACAUGAUCCUCAUGUUCUUCUUGCAGUUUCAAAACUCUUCUGGAGUGAACACAAACUGACUAAAUGCCGAGAUUGGUUCAAUAGGACAGUAAAAAUUGAACCGAAGUUAGGAGAUGCAUGGGCAUAUUUUUACAAAUUUGAAAUGGCAAAUGGAACACCUGAGCAGCAAGAAGAUGUGAAGAAACGAGCUAUUGCUGCAGAACCAAGUCACGGAGAAAAUUGGUGUAAAGUCUCGAAAGAUAUCAAAAAUUGGUGUCUGAGUAUUGAGCAAAUUUUAGUAAUUGUUGCUAAAGAUUUACCAACACCUAUCUAA